AUGAAUCUCACAGAAAUGAAUUUCAUCUGUAUACUUCUCUUCAUGCUCAUUUGCUGGUUCUCCAAGAUGGCUAUGGCAAGUGCCGCCGCAAGUCAAUGUAAGACGGCUUCUUACUCCAUACAAGAUCACGUGCUUAUAAACCACACCAUCAAGACCGGGCCUGCAGAGCUGAUUGAACACUGCAUCUCCCGGUGCAUUAGACAUCUCGGUUGCCAUAGCAGCAACUUUUAUCGGAAGAGCAGAUGGUGUGAACUGAAUGAAAAAACGCACGCUUCUCAUCCUGAAGAUAUGAGACAAGUUCCAUUUACAAACUACAUGGAGAAUACUCUCAGACCUCUCACCUGCGACAACGACUCAGACUGCGGCAGCAGUUUGAUUUGCUUUCUUUCAAAGUGCGAAGGUGAGCUCGAGUUUGGUGACUAGUUGAUCUUACUCGGCUAUACCACAGAAUUUCUUUCCUCUUCUCUGCAACUAAGCCCGAAAGCGGGGACGGCCCGAACAUUCGGCGAGAAGAAGACCUUCGUUUUUCGAGAGUCCUAAGUUGUGGGGGAGGAAAAUGACGUGGGGGCACCAGGGAAGGCGGGAGAGCAAGCAUCCCAAACAGCGGGAGGUUUUACCCGUACCCUCUCGUAUCCCCAAGUUACUUUGAGUUAGAAGCAGAAGGACCACUAUUUAAGAGUCAUAUGCCAUCAAGCGCUCUCACUGCGGAUGAUAAAGUUCCUCUGUUCUGUUUUGUUCCGUUCUGUUCCACCGCUCGGAUAAUUAGUGCUGUUAGUAAACAAACAUUCUCUCUUAAUUGAGUUGCCACACAGAAUAUGGCCUUAUGGUAAAUACCUUGAUUCGAUUACUAUCAUGUUUCGCUGUCUGCCAUUAUUUUAUAUUGUUCACAGUCCAUAUUUGUCAGUCGCACCUUUUUUGAUCACAAGGCUGUUCAUUACGACUGCAGGCGUGUUCAAAUUCUAAGCUAUACUUUAUCGGAAGCAACUCUAAUUCAAAGUCUUUUAAACGUAUUUUUUCUUCUUUAACACAGAAUGUAGCACUGGUGCGUUUGGAAUGGAAAAUAAUGUAUUGCCAAACUCAGCCAUCACAGCUUCAACAGUAUGGCGGACCGUUGGACACGAACCUUGGCUAGCUCGUCUAAAUAAUGUUAAAAAUGGCCACAUGGGAUCCUGGUCGGCGGAUUUGAAUGAAGCUGGCCAGUGGUUACAAAUUGACCUCGGGGAGGAGAGGCUGGUGACAAAACUCGCCACACAGGGGAGGCCUUCCUGGUCCCCUCCUCAAUCGGUAACGUCAUACAAAAAUUCUUGUUGCCGUGAGCAGAGAGGCCAUGUGCCUCGCUUUCAUGUCUUAAAAACACAAUAUAUAAUGUCCCGGAUGGCAGGAACGCCCCCUCCCCAGUAACUGGAGAAAUGACACAUUAAUCAGUCACAUUAAGCAUAAAACCAUUUAUUUCUUUCAGAAAUAAAUCUCCUUUAGUUCAGACAGUGUACAUGUCAAUUGGGAGGAAUACAAGGAAAAUGAUGCUGUGAAGGUAUGUGAUGGUAGAUUUCUUAAGGCUAGUUUUUGCUUAGCUAGCGGAGUAUAGUAGGAGUCGGAGUAGUAAGCGGAGUCGUAACAUCGUUUAAAACCUGUUGAAAAUAAAAAUUCGGACAGGACUCGUAAUCGGAGUUAUCCGAUGAUGCGCGGCGGAAUCGGUAGUGAGAAGAAUCUGAACGUUUCCGUUUUCUUCCGACUCGCUUACCAUAUGUCUCCGUCGCUUACGAUCAAGUGAAACUAUCACAUUGUUCCCACGCUUUGUGUUUGGUUAACGUCUUCCGCUUUUGUUUGCCAAAAGGUUUUGUUUUAAAAUUAACGUUUUCAAACAUCCAGCCGCAUUUAUUUAUUUAAAUUAGUUAAGUAUUUUGUUAGUUAGGUUGUUUAUUUGCCAUUCGCCACUUUAAAACGUAAAGGGAACUGGGUCGAGUUAACUUUCGCAAAGACUUCUGGGACUGUUGCCAGGGACAGGGGAAAAAAUUGGCCAAUAGCUGAUCGGCGCGUCUCCAGUUACGAUCCCGGAAACACUUGCGGUACUUAACAUUUAAUUUCGGCUCCAGUUCCCUUCUUUUUUCUAAUGUCGCGCAAAUUGAAAUAUUGCUUUGGCCUUUCCUAAAAGGUUUCUCUAUUGAGAAUCGACGUCAUGGGUUUGUAUCAAUAAUCUUCCCAAUGCAAUUUACCGUUAACUCUGACUUUAAGAAAAAAUGCUUGUCUGUAAACGUUGUUAUCGAAUGAAUGUAUUUCAAAGUAAUGAAUUGUACACAUUUAUUUCCUUUACAGGUUUUCACGGCAAAUUCUGAUCGCAACACCAUCGUGUCACACGUUCUAACUACAAGGUUUCGGGCAAGAUACGUGGGAUUUGUUGUGUUGACAUGGCAUAACCAUAUAUCUAUGCGAGUGGAGCGUUACGGCUGUUCUGCACCAUAG